GACUAGCCAAAACAAAAGAAAACCGGAGCGGUCUAGCGCCAAGGCGCACCUGAAUCAAUGCCUAAAUUCAGUUAAACAGGAAAGACCAAAAAAGCAGAAACUAUCUGCUCCUAAUCAAGGAUACCCGCAAAACAGUAUAAUAAUCUAGAAGUUCACAUGGUUUAUGGCCUCUGUCAGGAACUCUUGCCCCUUCUCGAGUGAAAUGUGUGAGGAGACGUUGGAGCAAAAGAACGACGAAGGACGCUGUGUUUCGAAAAAUGAAGCCCGGCGAGUUCACAGGUACGAGAAAAUCAUCGCUGCGAGAAGGGCAAAACGCAAGGAGAAGAAACGGAAUCGAAAGGCGCGCCUUGCGGAAUCUAAAUUGUUCAAUGGGUCUCGUGAAAAUGCACAUUCUGAUAUUGUGAGGUUGAGCAAGCGACUGGAAAAGGAAGCAAUUCAAAAGAGACUUCUUGAAGCGAGAGGUACCACUCCACGAGUGUGCAUCGAUCUGGGCCUCACCGACCUCAUGAAUGACAAGGAGUUGAACAAGCUUUCCUCACAGCUUCGGAGACUGUAUGGCUCCAACAGGCACAGUUCCAAGCCCCUGCACCUCUACUUCACGAACUUCGCUCCUUCUUGCCGCCUGUACAGGAUGUGCGUCAUGAAGAAUGAAGGCUUUCGUAAUUACAUGGUGGAGAUGACGUCUGAGAAUCACGCGGAGUUGUUUUCGCGUGACUCCCUGGUGUACCUGAGUCCCGACGCUCCAGAGAGCCUGCCGGGAACUCCGCUGGACGCUUCCAAAGUUUACGUCAUCGGCGGCCUGGUCGACGAGACGGUGCGCAAGCUCGUGAGCUUGGAGCGAGCCCAGUCGGAGGGAGUGCGGAGCGCCCGGCUUCCCAUCGACGAGUUCCUGAUGCAGAGAGCUUCCGGUGGAACUCGAUGCAAGAUCCUUACCGUCAAUCAGGUAUUCGACGCCCUGCUCAAGGUGCACGAAAGUGGAGGUGACUGGUCGAGCGCCUUGGCCGAAGUGCUUCCAAAUCGUACGGGCUUCAUCAAAAGGGAACCGGCAGUCGGUUCCGUUUCUACGGGUAACAUCUUGACCACCUCCUCGAUGACGACUACCUUCACGUCUGCCACUGCUACUACCGCCAUUGCCACCGCCACCAUUCCCCUGCUGACUUCCUGCGCGUCCCCUUUGGUCUACUGGGGUGCGAGAAGCUAGUUUUCAACUUACGUUUGUGCCCCAUCUUUUUGAACGUUUCCAUUCGCAUUCCCUGUGCAGAUCCGCCAAAGCUGGACAACGUUCCUCUUCAUUGUUCAUUAAAAAAAAAUAUCAAUUUC